UUGAGAAAGAGGAAGCGAGAGGGAGGCACUGAACACCCCACACAGUGCUGAACGCCCCACAGCACCAUGAGAAGGGGAAGUGUGAGCAACAGCAAAGUUCACAUUUAACACUCUGAAAAACAAAGACGAGCAGGUUAUUCUCCCAGAGCAGGUCAGAUCCGAAGUGUCCCAGGAUGGCUCAAGGCUGCCUCAAGUGUUUGAAGUACACCAUGUGUUUCGCCAACUUCCUCAUUUUUAUGUCUGGCGUGGCGGUGCUGGGCUUCGGUGUGUACAUGAUGUUGAAUUUCAAGUUGGCACUCAUCCCGACAUUGGCCAACUUCAACUCAGCCAACAUGCUGCUGGUAAGCGGCAUCGUCAUCACCUGCGUGUCCUUCCUGGGCUUCUUGGGUGCUCUGAAGGAGAACCGCUGUCUCCUUCUGACGUUCUUCCUGCUGCUCUUCAUCCUGAUGCUGGUGGAGCUGACUGCAGCAUGCCUGCUACUCAUGUAUGAGGGAGAGAUUGGUAAAUUGGUGGAAGAUGAUCUCACCAAAGGUUUGGAAAAGGCAAAAGGGUCAAACUCAACGAGUGAUUGGGAUUUGGUUCAGGUGAAGCUUGAUUGCUGUGGAGUCAAUAAUGUGACAGACUGGGGAUCCAAAGUGCCUUCCUCUUGCUGCUUCAAGGAUUGUGGCACCACAGCACCUGUGUACAGAACAAAGGGUUGUUUGGUAAAGUUGAAGAACUGGUUUGAGGAGAACUUCCUAGCCAUUGGGAUAUCUGUCAUUGUCCUAUGCAUCAUCGAGGUCUUGGGAAUGUGUUUCGCCAUGACGCUCUUCUGCCACAUCAGUAGAUCUGGACUGGGCUACAAGUUGUAGACAAUACUAUAUGUCGAACAAUGUCUUUUUAUCUACGUAUUUUACAGUUGAUUUGUUGUACAGUUUUCUUUUCUUAAAAAAAAAAUCACGUGUUUAGAAGGCAAGAAUGGAAUGAAAAAGAUGUUUCUGGAAAAACAUUUAAGAUCAGAAAAUAAUUAUUUUGUGAAGACUCAAUCGCUAACAC